CCUGGUGGGUGCGGCUGUGCCCUCGCUCCUUCCUCUACAGAGUGCCACUUCGCCAUCUCUUCGCCGUUCAUGAACUAUAGUCCAGGAUUACGAAACUAGAUUCACUGAUAUUGCUGACAGUGUCAAGAUUGUUGUGACGAGGGACCAAUACAAUAAAGGUCCUGCAGUGAUUGAUUAGUGUGCACAGAAUAACUGAUCUUGUUAAGCAUUAUCGAAUUAUCAAAGUGGGGACGAAUCUGUUUGAAUAUAAUGCCAAAACAAUCAUGUGAGUGUUGCAAAUAAUGCUCAGGAGUUUACUGAAGGAAUAUCUUUGUGCAGAUUAAAGAAAGGAAAUCAACACAAGGCCUGAGGUGUCUGCCUCACGAGCCGCAUGUGAAGGAAGGGCGCGAGGGUUGCAAACCAAGUGGCAUCUUGGCGCCUUUGUUGAAGAAAUGAUGGUGCCGUGAUGGUGUGCGGCAGGUGGUGCGCGACCUCGCCUGCCCCCUGCUGCUGCGGCAUCCUGCACAGUGUUAGCGCCGCCCCUCCCGACCUUUGAGGAUGCGGUCGUCUCCGCGGGCGGGCGGGGGCGGCGGCACCUCGUCCUCGUCCUCGGCUUCCGGCAGAAACACCGCUGGAUCCAAGUGACUAGGAUUGGGAACGUCACGGCGGGGGGCGCGCGACCCCCCUAACGCCGGGGGGCGCGCCUCGGGGCGCUAUGUGCGAGGGUGCCUCCGGGUGGUGCAGGUGAGCGCGCGCUACCUCAUAUCCGCCAGUCGCGCACCCACUAACAUGAUGCGAUCGAAGAAAAAGGAAGGCAACCUUAAGCCUUCUCGCAAGCUCGACAAGCGGUCCAGCCGCGGUGUUAUGUUUGAAAAUGAAGAACUGCGUCUGCGCACGAUAGAGAUUAACGCCGAGGUGGAUCGCGGCCAGUCAGACUUGCGCAAGCUGAAGAAGGAGAACGAAACGUUGAAGCAGCAGGUGUGGACGCUCCGCGACGAGUACGAUAAGCUCGAGAACUUUGUUAAAAACAUGGACGGCGGAAGUGACGAUGACGGGGAAGACGACGAGGAAGACGAGGAGGACGAGCUGGAACACAGGUUACGUCGAUCUAAGAUUUGUGAAGGAAAUAGCGAAGAUAAUGACGAAGAGGGAAAUGUUGAAACGGACAAUUUAGAAAAUCUGCAGAAAGUGUACAGUGGGAAGAUGCGUAGCGUAGAAUACACAAUGCGGCAAGCAGCCACUAUGGACACUGGGAUAGCGGGGGGCUGCAGCUCGGCCCAGUGCGGCCCCGGCGGUGGCUCGUGUGCCGCCCCAGUAGACGGGCUGGGCCAGUCGGGGUCGGUGCGGGUGUGUGUGCCCGGGGAACCACCUGCGUACGUCAGUGUCGGGGAGGGAGUCACGCCGUCUUCCGGGGAGCCUCUGCCGACGAUAUCCACGGACACGUACUUGUCGCAGACAGAGCACUUCAACCUCGAUCAGCUCCUUGACUUCGCUUCCUCGUUUCACUACGACCGCCGAAAGCACCUGACGGAGGAACCGAUGGCCAUGGCGCUGCCGCAGGACGAGGAGCGAUCGUCGUCGCCCUCGCGUGACGAGUCGACUUCCGACCCGGGAUACUCCACCGUCAGACGCCGCUCAGCCACCGUCAUCGAGAAGCUGAAAACGGGCAGCACUGCGGGGGCGUUGGUGAAGGAAGUGAAGCAACUGUCCCUGUGCAAGGACGGCGGAGGAGCGGCGACUGCCGUUCCGCUGAGCGAGGGGCCAGAAGUCGCCCACACCACCACCGUCACCUACACUCGCUCUUCCUACUUCUUCUCCGGACAGCUAGACGGCGGGCGAAGCCAGUCGCUCGGAGCAGGCCUCAACGCUGCUGCCAACGUGACACGCUCCCCCAGCAGCCCCGCGGGCCCGCUCUACGCCUCCAGCAGCGUCUCCAACAUCGGCACUUCCUCGUCGCUAGAUGCCGGGCUUCCUCUCGUGUCUGUGUACUCCCCGCGGGCUUCCCUCGUGCGCCUCAACAGCAUCGAGCCCAACACCGUGAUGGUGUCCGUGGCGGAGAUGCCCCAGCUGUGGGACAUCACCACCCAAGAGAUCAUAGACGAGCUGGAGCAGCAGGCCGAGUUGGCCUUGGUGUCCAUCCGCGGCGUCCGUGUGGUGGGCCGGGCCGCCUACAUCAGUCUGGGCCGUCGCGACGCCCUGCAGCAUCUCCUCACGACGGGCCUCACCAUCCGCGGCGGCAAAGUGCCACUCAUCGAUAUCACGCGCGAGUCCAUUGUGCUGGCGCUGACGGGCGUCCCUCACUACAUCGCCGACGCCACGCUGGUCAUUCUGCUGUCGGCAUUUGGCACCAUAAUAGGGGAACUCGAGCGUCGCUUUUACAAAGGUGUCGACACUGGAGAGCGGUUUGUGCGGAUGAAACUCAAGAAACACGUGAAGCUGCCCAAGUACGUCACUGUGGGAGGGUGUCGUAUCGUGUUGACAGUUCACGGUCGAGACGCUCCUGCACAGUUGCAUGUACCUGACUGGGGAAGUAAACCCCCUCACACACCCGCCCCUCCCCCCACCCCACACACCACACACGCCCCCCCACCGGACGCUCCCCACACGGAUCUCACCACGCCCGUCUCCCCAGACUCUGGCCAGUGUUCAGAACCGUCGUCGAGCGACAAGUCUUGUGAACGCAUCGAAGGCCGAGACGCGGGGCCGAGAACGGAGGUGAGCUCAGUCAACGAUACGCGCGUGACCGCCAAGUCCACAAAAACGUUUUCCAGCAGAUGCAUAGUAAAUCUGAAGCUGCCAGAGAGACCUUCCUCCACGAGCGGCGUCCCCCGGGCGCGGGACGCCAAUAAUCCAAGGGACCCGGUGGGCCCUGGUGGGGGUGGCUCUGGCACGGGAGUCGUCAUUGGCACGGGCACUCCUCCGACUCCCCUGGGGGCGGGGCACCUGUUGAGAGCAGGCUCCCUGUAUCGCGGCACCAGGAGUGGGGACACACCAACUACCCCAGGAAGUACCGGUGGCAGCUCCCCCUUGGGUGGCAGAAGACUCUCCCGCCUCGGCCCUGACGCCCGCACGCCGGAGUCGCCACGGCCGCGCCCGAACUCUGUGGUGUUUGACGAGCAGCCGCGGGAGGGCCCCACACCCACCCGCGGGGGCCUCCUCACGCCGCAGUACCCGCAGCACCACGUGGUUUCCACCGCCUCGGGGCCGAUGCCGCUGGCCAACGGCAUCCUACGCAAGGCGUCCGGGUCGGAGCAGGAGGCUCUGCUGCCCACCAGCCACAGCUGUGCCGCAAGCAUUAGAAACAGACUUAAGAUUGGCCGUAGUAUGUCGUACGAUGCAGGCAAAAAGAAACUGGCCGCUGAAAAAGAACAGAAGAAAUUGGGGAAAAUGGAAAGCAUUAGUGAAAACACUUUAAAUGAUGACGUGAGUGACAUCACGCCCCUGGGUGCCGGGGCGCGCAGAGACUCGGAAAAGAGCUCAGUCAGUGCUAACAGUAAAAGCAGUAGCAAUACCAAUAAAAAGAAAGAACCUGCAAUAGACCUCCCCUGGUGUGGCUGUUGGGGGAACGGUUGUUUCUAGUCCGUAGACUUCAGUGGUACCAGUUCCAUCCUUUAUAUUUAUCGUUAUUUUCUAGUAAAUACUUCCCUUGCUCGGAACGUUACCUAGUCUUGAUGAAGUAGUGCAUUAGUCUUGGACAGAAACACACGUCUAGGCUGACUCGUUGUAUAUAUCUCUGAUCAUCGCGACAAUUAUCAUGAUUUUAUUUCCAUGAUGUCAAUAAUCAAAGCGUUGCAACCAGUCAUAGUGCUGAUAUAAAAUUCACGCCAGAAAGUGUAUAAAUGCAUUUAAUUUGGUUAAAUGGAAUAAGAACACAUUGAUAUGUUAAAUGUUGAAAAAAUGUGAAAAUAUGUUGUAUUGAUUAUCAACGAUAUUGGCUAAUGUCCAUGUCCACCAUUCAUCUAACUGCCAAUUUUUACCCUGUUUGUGAGUCAUGACAAGAGCUGUUCUACAUCGCCACCUGUCUGCGGAAGGCAUUAAUCUCCAUGCAUCACAGUCUAUAACGUAAUCCACGUUUCCCAAAUGUAAGUUAAAAGUUUUCUUCCACUUCAGGUAGGUGUCGCUGUGUAAACCAUGAGAGGUCAACAAAAUGACUGGUUGCAAUAUACCGUGUAUUGCAUUUCUGUAAGCAUAUCAACUAUGUAUGUUUACCUGGUAAACAUGGCGAGAAUUCAGCAAACAUUCGAUUUCCUGAUGUUCGUUUUCAUGUCAGAACAAAAUGAAGUUUCUAAUUUUCAACAAUAAAUUCUUUGUUAGGUGAUUUGCCAAAAUAUGUGACCUGAAUGACGAAAUUGAGCCCAAGCGGAGGUUUAGUUGGGUUCAGUUUUGUUGCAAUCUUCAUGUGAGGGACGUGUAGGGCUGUAGGCCAGAUUUUGCAAGUAUUUUUCGUGAGUCAUUGGGCAGGUUGUUCCCCUCAGACCAUGGGGUGCCCUUUGUGAGUGAAUUUGACGUGCUGAUGGUGAAGAAGUAGGCAAGUGAUUUUCCCAAUUACAGACGGAGUAUUUAACUUACACUAGUCAAUACAUUUUUGUAUUACUCUUGCUUGGUCCCAUGAGAGUUAUUAGAGUAAGUUAACCUUGCCAACCAGGGCUUCUUAUCAUUUCCUUUCCCGUUAUGGUGAUUACAUAACCUUUUUUGAUUUAUUAGUUAUCAGUUCGUUUCCUUUUUUGUUUAGUUGAACUACACAAUAACAUAAAGAACAAAGUCAACCGAAGAGUUCAGUGGAAUCAUUCAUAACAACGUAACAAAUCUGUUUUAUCGUCUGCAUGUCCUCAUAGACAACACUUCAUCUUCACGUGAUUUUAAGCCCCAUCAACAACCUGAGUUUGAUCUCCACGAAGGAAUGGCUGUCAAAGUCAGAAAAUUCUAGAAGCUACAAACCUUACAAGACGUGUUGCAAACGCUUAUGCCUGUAAUUUUGAUAUUUUGUAAAAGUUGUUAUAAUCAAUGUUGUUGUUUAUAUAGUUAUUUUCUUAGAAAAUUGUAAAUUGAUACGGCUACCGUGGACAUAGUAUGUCAGAUUACUUACAGGAUGACCACUACAUUAUUUUGGUUAUUUAUUCUCAAAUUCUCUUAAUGUAAAAUGGUAAAAAUGCCAGUGACGGUGCUUUUGGUAGAAUUUCUAAGAUAUUAUUUGGAGGUGUUCUGGGUGGGGUAAAUGCCAUGUGGAAAGUGACAUUAUGUUUUCAUUACGAAAGAAUUUCAUUUUGUUCAGAUUCCAAAUAAAUAUUGAACAGAUCAA